CUCGGAUUCACCGUGACGCGCAGCCUCGCUUAAUGUCUGAGGUCCCCCAGAGACCGUGAACUACCGAGGUGUCCACUCAGAGAGAAAAGCUGUCCGAAAAGAGCCGUCGGUUGAGGGAAGAGGCACAAUGGAUGAAGAGGAGCAGUUUGUGAACAUCGACCUGAAUGACGACAAUAUCUGCAGCGUCUGCAAAUUAGAGACUGAAACGGGGACCCUGUCCUUCUGCCACGUCUGCUUUGAACUCAGCAUCGAGGGCGUCUCCUCAGCCUCCUUGUUGCACUCGAAGUCGCUGCGUGGCCACAGAGACUGCUUUGAGAAAUGCCACCUCAUUGCCAAUCAGAAGCUGUCCCAUUCCAAGGUCUCCAGAAGUGCCUAUGAGGGUAUGAAGCUGGCCCUCAGCCAGAAGCUGAACCGCAUCAUCCAGUUCGCCCAGAACAAAGACUCGCUCUCCUCCGGCGGCUGCACCAGACGGGGAGCAAAGCUCCUUUGUUACAGCCAGCAGGACGAGCGCAAGCUGCUGCCCCAGUCUGACGCCCAGGUGCCCCGCUACGCCCCCUGCUGGGACAGGGCCGGGGCGAUGGGGCUGCCGGCGUACGCAGCGGGGAUGCUGGAGAGUCAAACGGCCGAGGAGGUGGAGCUGCUGCGCGAGUCGCGGGCCGACGGUCGGAGCAAGAACGGACGGAAGGAUCUGCACAACUGGAAGCAGUCGUCAGGACAGAAGCAGCACAGAAACCAGGGGCACAGCAGAGACGAAUUGACUAAAAUGAGUGUGGAUGAGCUCCAUCAGCUGAACAGCCAACUGCUGAAGCAGAUUGAAAAGGUCUUUGAGGAGCUGACGGCCGCCGUGCAGGAGAAGGAUGCCUUGGCGUCAGAGCUGCACGUCCGUCAUGUCGCCAUCGAGCAGCUCUUUAAAAACUGCACCAAACUGCCCUGGCUGCACAUCAGCAGGGCCGGCGUGAAGGCCAGCACCAGCGGAGCCGCCGUGGAAUAAAGGGCUGGAAGACGGCAGCACCCCCAAAGAUGGACUCUCUGAAAAUGAUGAUGAUGAUGAUGAAGUGGACUGCCACAGCAUGGAGGAAGCGUCUGGAUUCCAUUAGACUUUUACACUAUGUCGCCAUUGGGCCACCGGCUCUGCAUCCGCACAAGUUAUCAAGGGCUCUGUGGUUCUGCGGGCGCAGAAACGAUGCGAGAGUUUUCAGUGCUUGGCUUGUUGCGGCUCGAGUUGCAGACUGCUGAUUACCCAGGAUGCAUGUUGAGAACGGCGAGUUCCAGACACGCCACAGCGUAGAACUGGAAGGGAACGUCUUGCGUUUUAACGUGCCGCAGAUUCUUAAGAAAAAACAAAUUUUUUUAUAUUGACUUUACAUAUUUACUUAUUUUCUUUUACUGUGAGUUUUAUUUUCUAUGCUGUUCAAUAAUUAAUCAUUUCAUUGUGCCCGGCACAAUUUUACCUUCGUUCUCUUGAACGAAUGUAAAAUAGCUACGGACCUUCAGUUUUUUUAGUAUUUCUUCAAUUCGUUUUCAGUUCAGAGAUGAAGAUCAGUAUUUUGAUCUUUGAAAAGUGAAAAAGCAUUCUAUUCAAUCAAACUUCUUAGCUGCACAAUAAUGACCCAAAAUAGCUAAAGAAUUGAGGUGUCGGAUUGUCUUGAAACUGCUCUGUUUGGAUUUGAAGACUGACUGUCUGAAAUCAGCAAACCGCUGCUUGUCCAUUCAUAUUUCUUUAUAGUUAAAUUAUGGAGAAAAAAAUUGUCAUAAAGUAAUGUAAUAGUUAUUUUCUGAAAGCUUUAUUUUCUACCAUAUGUCCGUUUAUUGUCACGCUGGACCUUGUUUGGAUCAGAUGAUUAUGGUCCUAGAUCUAACCAGAAGUAAUUUAAAAAUGACUUAUACUCCAGCUUGAGGAUAUUGGUUAAUGUGAGUAACUUCACACCUUAAAAUACUCCAAAAGCAUCAAAUUUCCACCGAUUCAGUGUUUGGGAACGACAUACAAACUAGACUUCUGUUAGUUUGGCUUCCAAUUAUGUUUUCAAUCAUGACUUUUUACACUCUGUUGACUGAGGAGACGUGUUAUGUGAAGCUUCCCUUCAGUCUAUGACCAUUCUGGUGUAAUUAGUUUCCCAUUUUAUACAAAGCAGUGUGAUGUCUAUCGUGUAGCUAUCAAGCACCAUGGACGGUUAAACACUUAUUAAAAAAAAAAACAAAAAAAACAUAGAGCUUCUGAAAAGCAAAUUCAGUUGCAAUACCAAAGUCUGUUCUUCAUUUUAUUUUUUAAAAAUAGAAGAAAUAAAACACCAUAUGACGAUGAUGCAACACCAAACAGAUUUUAUAACCCAUGUGACUUACCCUUACUUGUUUUCAUGUGUUCAGAGCAUACUUUGUUGAUUCGUUCUCAAGUUGCUUUCUUUCCCGCCUGUUCAAAUGUGUCGGAGCAAAGUGUCCACAUAGCAAUACAAACAGGGCGGUUUGGUCUUCAGUGCCUAUGGACGUCCCUAACUUUUAAAACAAAGGAAGACAAAGGUUUAUGAAUCCUAUGCAAGUUACAGACUAAAAUACAUACGGCCUUAUCGAGAGAGUAUUGGUUUGACUUUUCUUCAGAGGGCGAGGUCACCGAUUUUAAGAGUUUCUAAGCUUGAUGUGUAGAAAAACUCAGCAUUAUGUGUAUUUUGCUCUUUGUAAGAGAUUAGAUGUUUUUGACCCUUUUUAGGGUCUAAAGAAAUGGUUUUAGCUCGGUUUUAAGCUUCCCCCCCCCCAUGGGUUUUAUUUUAGUCGUCUUGCUUGAGUGAGUUUUUGUUUGGUUGUUUUUAUUUAUUUAUUUACAGCCUUUUAAAUCUUUGGCUGUACAUUUGUUUUUGAGUUGCUUUCGUGUGCUGUUAGAACAUGUCUGAACCUUUCUCCCCGCUCGGUGGGAGAACCAGUCCCAUUAUCUCCAGCUCAACAUGGAGGCAUAUCUGUUACACUUCUGCAGUAGUUGUAGCCUGACUGCUCAUUUUCUUACAUUUUUUUAAAAAAUUUGUACUUGUUUAUGACUGAAUCUGUCUUCGAUGUAUUUGCAUUAUAUUUAUUGUGUGUGGAAAUAAUUUGUCUUUUGAAUUGUGCUUAAAUGACUUGUUUUUUCCAAUAAAAAUAAAAAUGCAGGUAUUUUUA